AUGGGGGGCGUGUGGGAGCGCUUAGUGAGAUCCACUAAAGAAGCGUUGGCUAUAAUCGACGAAGGAGGCCGAUUAACCGAUGAAGUUCUGCUAACAUCGAUUUGCGAAGUAGAAGAUAUGAUAAAUUCACGGCCAUUGACCUACGUAUCACAAGAAGCUGAUGAGAUUGACACGCUGACACCAAACCAUUUUCUCAGAGGUGUAGCACCAAAUGAACCUGUGUUGACUCCACCGCCACCCUGUGCUGCCGAAGCACUCCCGAGCAACUAUCAUCGAUCGCAGCAGUUAGCAACGGAGAUGUGGAACCGAUGGUUAAAGGAAUAUAAACCUUCCGUGAACCGAAUGACCAGGUGGUAUGGAGAAGCGAAACCGUUACGAGCAGGAGAUUUAGUCUAUAUAGUGGAGGGGACUAAACGUAAGUUAUGGGUGCGCGGGGUAGUUCAAGAACCGAUAAUCGCCAGCGACGGGCGCAUUCGACAAGCAUGGAUCAGGACGAACAGUGGCGUUUUUAAAAGAGCUACAGCUGUGUUGGCUGUUCUAGAGAUAGAUGAUGGUAACACCGGGCCGACAACAGAAUCGGACCCAGAAUUACGGACCGGGGAAAUGUUGCGAACAGCCCUCCGAUCGGGCGAAAACGAUACAUUUGGCAACACUAGGCGAGAAAGAGGCACUGAGAAACAGGAAGAGAACAUGUAA